AUGUCUGAAGAAUUCAACUUUCAAUCGCCCUCUGGCGACCUGGCAGCAACACCACAAGAUGGACGCCCUACAAUGGUAGAACGACAUCAAAGUGUGCCAGUCCCUCCAAGAUCACGUCCAGAAAGUUUGAUACCACCAUCGCGACCCCAUAGCAUCAUGAGUACAGGAUCUGCAGGAAGCCGAGAUCGUCAUACUCUGGUUGCGAAAUACCUUCAAAGACGAUGCGCGGCUGCUAAAUGGCUUCAGCCUAUCGAGGAGGAGGAUGGCACUAUCAAUGAAUCGUCAUGGGUCGGUGUCGCUAUGCGGCUUCCGGAUGGGAGCUACUACACCGAGCCACCAAAUGUCGACAACAAAUUUUAUACUGUGAUGCAGUAUCUCAACUGCAAAGUCGCCUUCACAAUGUCAUCUGAUAUCACUGCGGCAUUGAUGGAUCAGAUUGGUCCUUUUCAAACUGAAAUUCAAGUGCAUCCACGAGGGAUUAGACUUCCCAUUGUCCAAAAUCUUUCAGAACUUGCAAUUGGAGGGGGUGGCGUAUCCAAAAAAUCGUACUUGUGCGUAUUGAGAGAGGAGAGACUCGUUCUUAUAUGGAAUGAGUCUGUGGAAAGUAUCAUGACCCACGGUGUAGAUGUUGAAAGUAUCCUCGUUGGCAUGAUCUGGGGAUCUCAAAUUGGGACUAUGACAGCUACAUCUCCAUUCGCAUCCAUGACUCCACUUAUUGGACAAACGCCAGGCCAAACUCCGGGACGGACACCAUCAGCUAUCAGUGAGGAUCCUGAAUUCAAUGAAAAAAUGGGCAUUGUUCAAGCCGCCAUAGAGCGCGAAGAAAACAAGGACACACUUUUUAAUCCAGAUAUUGAGGCCGCCGCGCCGCCAGAGAGACCCUUCCUAUUAUUACAUGCUGGUGUCAUUGGAUUUGCCAUGACUUUAGUGGUAUUCGUAGAAAUGCUUUGCGCAUCGCGACUUAUAACAGAAUAUCAAUGGGACGGUGGUGUACUGCGCUUUGCACUAGUUGCUGUCAUUCCCUUUUUCUUCUUCAUGGUUGUUAUAGCUGGGAGUCUAUUCCAAUUAUUUGGACCCUUGACUUAUGUUCGAAAGAAUUCUCGGUUCUAUUCGGCCAAGCCGCCCAAGAGAGGUCGCUACCCCGACUUGGAGCUCCCACACAUCACUAUUCAAAUGCCUGUCUACAAAGAAGGUUUGAAAGGUGUUAUUAUUCCAACCGUAACGAGCAUCCUGGCUGCUAUCCGAUACUAUGAAGCACAAGGAGGUUCCGCUUCAAUCUACGUCAAUGAAGAUGGGAUGCAAGCCGUAGAUCCCGAGUUACGUGAAGCUAGAAGGACUUUUUAUGAACUGAAUAAUAUCGGAUACUGCUCACGCCCCAAGCACACCCAUAGCAAAAAGAAGUGGUACCAAGGAAAGAAGGUACAAGAUAAUCCUGAAGGCUUCGAGCGAAAGGGCCAAUUCAAAAAAGCAUCAAAUAUGAACUAUUGCCUCAGUUUCUCUAUUAGAGUCGAGGAUGAAUUGCUAAGACUCAUUGCCGCAAAAUCCACAGCUGAGAAUCGACCCGAAGGUGAUAUAACACCAGAUGAAGAGGAUUUACUUUAUAAACAAGCUUUAGAGACAUGCCUUGAGCAAGACGAAGGAAGGACUAUGGCUGGAGGCAAUGUUCGCAUAGGUGAUAUAAUUUUGAUCAUCGACAGUGACACUCGAGUGCCCGAGGACUGUCUUCUCCUUGGCGCAUUGGAAAUGCAUGAGAGUCCUGAAGUGGCUAUCCUCCAGCACGCCUCUGGUGUCAUGCAGGUCGCUCAUAACCCUUUCGAGAACGGAAUUACCUACUUCACGAAUCUCAUUUACAUGUCUAUCACCUUCGCAGUAGGAAACGGGGAUUGUGCUCCAUUUGUUGGGCAUAAUGCUUUUUUGCGCUGGAAGGCGGUACAGAGCGUAGCUUACGAAGAGGAUGGACAAUUGAAGUUUUGGUCCGAUGAUCAUGUGUCCGAAGAUUUUGACAUGAGCCUACGACUUCAAAUGGCGAAAUUUAUCGUCAGAUUAGCAACUUACCACGAAGGUGGUUUUAAAGAAGGGGUAUCCCUCACCGUAUAUGACGAACUCGCUCGAUGGGAAAAAUAUGCCUACGGAUGUAAUGAAUUAGUCUUCAACCCCAUUUACAAGUGGUGGCGAGGCCCCUUUACCAAGCUCUUUAUGAGAUUCCUCUGGAGUGAUAUCAAGCUCACCUCCAAAAUCACAAUUCUAGCCUACAUCGGAACCUACUACGCAAUCGCCUGCGCCAUUCCACUCACCCUCGCAAACUAUAUAAUGGUCGGCUGGUUCAACGACUCCCUCGACCAAUUCUAUCUGACCUCAUGGAAAAUCUUCGUCGGCAUGGCCGUAAUUUUCAACGUGCUCUCACCCCUCGCCUUCGCGAUGCUUCGUCACCGACUCGGUGAAAAAGUCUUCGUCUCCUCCAUCGUCGAAACGGCAAAAUGGACACCAAUGUUCAUCCUCUUCUUCGGCGGAAUCUCUUUCCAUCUUUUAACUGCUAUAUUAUGCCAUUUUUUCAGCAUCAAAAUGGAAUGGACGGCCACGGCUAAAGAAGUCGAGGCCGGUGGGUUUAGAAUCGGUUUAGAUAAAAUAUUUAGAGAUUUUAAGUGGAUGUAUUUGGCCAUUGUCCCAAUUUUAGCGGGCAUGGUGUAUUUGGGUGCUUUCGCACCUCGUGGGUACGAGGUCACGGAUUUUACAGCCAUAGUACCCCUGUCUAAUCAAGUCGCUUGUCAUAUUUUGCUUCCUUUCGCGCUAGGACUUUUCUAG